AUGCCUCGAUCAAUAUCUUCGUCGCGCUCUCGCACUGCGACCAACUCCUCAUCACAGCACAGCUCGAGUUUCUCCUCGGUCAAACCUCCUUCAGUGCGCAGUCGAGGCAGCACCGCCGGCUCCUUCUCGACCAACAACAGCGAGCCUUUUAUCCAUGCUGAUAACCUCGACAUAACAAUCCAAUGGAUCCCCUCUUACUACUUUGAUGACUUCGACCAACAUGAAGCUGCCCUGCGCCCGGCUAGACGCAAUGCGUUGAUCCCUACACCAACUUCAUCCGUCUUCUCAUCCAAGGUCAGUCUAUUACCUCAGGGGUUGAUGCAUCUGAUCCGGACCUCUGAGCUCGAGGCUUCCACAAAGACUAUGCUGUUGGCCAUGGUACGCAUGGUUGUCCACAUCUCUCAUCAACUGUUUCCUGCAUCGCACACUCUGGCAGAAGACGUGGCACGCGACAUUGAAGGCAUAGCUCAGGACAUCUGCGAGUUCUUGGACCUCGUCCUUGAGAAGUUAGAGCACAGGCUUGAUGCUGCUUUCUCAGCACAUGGUCAACUGUCUGAAUUCAGUCUGCCAGAAGAAGUUGCUUUGGAAGAAGUCAUCAAAUGGCUUGACAUCAUCGAUGGGCUCCACAGACCGACUCACGUAGAGGUCAAGAUCUUUCGUCGCAUGGCCACUCUCUACGAUGAAUUCGUCUACAUUCCCUUCCUUCAGCUGCACCGACAAGAGCCCGAACACAACAUGUACGCUGUCCUGGACGACUUUCUUGACGCCAUCUUCAUUCGUCUACACGCAAUCACGACGGAUGCUACCAGCGCCGAAAAGAUCGUGUGCGAGGUUGAGCAGACCCUGGAUGCUGCUAUGACACACAUCAACAACACACCUAAACGCCACGUGCCUUCGAGAUCCAUGCCUGUUACAGGCACGCCUAAAAUACUGCCUCUGCGUCAAAGAGAAAAUACGUUAUAA